UUCCUAUCAUUUCCUUGCUAAAACUUCCGUCUUCGGUCCUCUCUCUCUUUUUAUGUUUAAAAAACACACAAAAUCCCCAAUUGUCUCUUUCAAAUCCCUAACUUCACACUUUGAUUCCUUCUGGUUGAGCAAAGCAAACCUUAAAAAUCAAACCCCAAAAUUCAUUUCUUUUAAAGCUCAAAAAACGAAAUCUUGAUCUCAAAGCUAUGUUUUUUAAGUGUAAAUCCAAGCUUCAAAUUUUGCAGCUUUUGAAUUACUAGCUUUGGACCUUUUCUCCCUCAGCUUCGGCUUCAAAGUCAGUCUUUUUCCUUAUUUUUUCUUCUUAAAUUGUCUUUUUGAUAUCGUUGAAGCUGAAAAUGUCUUCCCCCUUUUCGGAAUAAAAAUCUUUCAAUAUCGAAGCUGUUUUUAGUUUAUUAAUAUUUCAUGUGAACAUUUCUGCAACUACAACUGUCACCUAACACAUAAAAAUUCAACCUUUUUUCUGUCAAUAAAUCUCCAAAACCUUCAAAUUUGUGUUUUUAGUAAAUUUGUCGAAUACCCAUUUGUGAAAAUCGCAUGAAUACUUGAGUUUCGAAACCAAAUGUCAGUAGAAAGAUCAUUUGAAGCAUGGGAAGAGGUCCAAAGGCAUGGCCAGGACCUGGCAGACCGGCUAGCUCAAGGGUUUUCAGGCCUUAUACAGUCACAUAUGACAUACCCACCUACGUUUUCUUGGCCGAACUCUCCAAAAUCGAAGCCUUUUGAUCUGGAGUUUCCGGGACAUGGUUUUAGUAAAAAUGAUUUUGGGGUUUUAACUGAUAAUUCUGGGAUAGAUGGGGUUUCGGCUAUUUUGGAUAUUGGAAAUAGGAUUGGACAAGCUGGGGCUGAUUUUGGUGCGGCUUUGAAUGGAUUGGUGCAUCAGUUUUUUAGGAGAUUACCAGUGCCGUUUAAGCAGGAGGAGAGCGUGGGGGCUGGGUUGAGGAUGGAUGGUAAGAGGAGUGAGAUGGGGCUAUGUUUGGAGGGAGAGUUGGGUUUGGUUAGAGAGAGGUUGAGGGAUUUUGGGUUUGUGGAGGAUAAUAGUGGCGGUGGCAGCCGUGGAGUGGAUGAGUUGUUGAAAGAGGAAAUUGGUGGGUUUAAUUUGAAGGGAGUGGGAUUUCUUGGCAAACCACAGGGGACCAUAAACAUUACCUCAACUUAUGACAGCAGAACUCACAACAUUGAGGGUUCUUUGGUUGCAAGGGGAGAUUUAUGGAGAGUAGAGGCAUCACAUGGAAGUUCCACAUCAAGAAAUGAUAAUUCAUCCAUGUUCCUUGUCCAGCUUGGACCUCUGUUGAUUGUGCGUGAUUCAACCUUUCUUCUGCCUGUGCAUCUUUCAAAGCAACACUUGCUUUGGUAUGGUUAUGAUAGGAAGACUGGAAUGCAUUCACUGUGUCCAGCUGUGUGGUCAAAGCAUAGAAGGUGGUUGUUAAUGUCAAUGCUCUGUCUCAAUCCUUUAGCUUGUUCUUUUGUAGAUUUACAGUUUCCAAAUGGGCAAUUGACCUAUGUAUCUGGUGAAGGACUGUCUACCAGUGCUAUCGUACCUCUUUGCGGAGGUCUUCUCCAAGCUCAGGGGCAAUAUCCUGGAGAAAUGAGAUUCAGCUUCUCUCAUAAGAAUAAGUGGGGAACACGCAUUACACCGAUGGUACAAUGGCCUGACAAAUCGUUUACAUUGGGUUUUGCACAUUCUUUAGCAUGGCAGAGAUCUGGUCUUAUGGUGAGGCCAACUGUUCAGUUCAGUUUGUGCCCCACUUUUGGUGGAAGCAAUCCUGGUUUGCAUGCAGAACUGAUUCACUCAGUGAAUGACCAUCUGAAUCUGAUAUGCGGCUGUGCUGCAACGACGCACCCUUCUGCAUUUGCAUCACUAUCGAUUGGCAGGUCUAAGUGGAAUGGUAAUGUGGGGAGCUCAGGACUGGUUGUGAGACUCGAUACUCCUCUCUCUAAUGUUGGCCAACCUUCCUUUUCUGUUCAGAUAAAUAGUGGUGUUGAGUUUUGAUUGAUUUCCCCCGCAUAUCAUGUUAGUUGAAUUGUAAAUAGCCACCAUGCUUUUAACCUUAUGAUACCUACCCCACUUGUGUAUACCUGACUGUUUUUGCAUCAACCAUAGUUUUCCCUUCUUCCCUCUCAUGCUGGCAUGUAGUUUUGUUUUCUGAAAUAGAAAGGAGGGUGACAUUAUAUA